AAUGCGGGUGUCGAGAAGGAUUUCACCAAUUUGCAUCAGAUUUUUCUAUUUGCAGAUGUGGCAAAGGAUUUGGUCUAACGAAAAACGGUGACGUAGCGAUGUGUUCAAAAUGCCCACCGGGAUAUUUUAACAAAGAUAACAACAAACCCUGCCAAAAAAUGACUGACUGCAAAGACAAAGGAGUGAAGGUUCCUGGAAGCACAACCUCUGAUGUUAUCUGCGAAGAAAAAAGUCAUCCUCCAGUCGCAUCAACAUCCGCCUCAACAAAAGCAGCUCCUCUCACGCUCGUGAAUCCCCACCAGGAGCAGAAGGUGACUCAGAAGCCCCUCAUCACUACAACAACUCCACAACCAAAUGAGCCCAAAGGAAAGCCCCCUCCAAACACAAGUAGUGAAUCCCACUUUGGUUUGGGGCUCCUUAUGAUUGGAAUAGCUGGACUGCUUCUGCUAACAGCUGUGACCUGCAAGCUGCAUUUUACGCCUUUUUGGAAGAAAAAAAGAACACCACACA